AAGAGGCGCCAGGGGGGCCCCCACUCUGGUGCGAGGGCAACCAGGCGGCGCCAUGGGGUCCCCUCGGGACAAGCGCUCGGCUGCUCUGGGCUCGGAACCCGACGCCACCCGGAUACCACUGCUGGAACAAAGGUCGCCCGGAGCACCCCGGUGGAACUAUCCCCAGGGGCCUCCUCCUCCUCCUGGUCCUCGGCCUCCAGGUGCUCCGAGUCCUCCCCCGUUGUACAUCCAAAGCCCCCAGGCCUUUCACCCCGGGCUCAGCAGCUUGCCUAGGAUGGGGUCUGCUACCCCCAUACAGUCCGUAUGUCCCUACUGCGGGAACUACAUCAUCACAGUGACCAACCCGGUCCCGGGGACCCUCACCUGGCUGCUGUGUACAGGCUUCUUUGUGUUUGGGUGCUUCCUGGGCUGCUGCCUCCUCCCCUUCUGUGUGGACAGCCUGAUGGACGUGAAGCACACAUGCCCCGUGUGCCAGCACGAGCUCUUCCGCUACCGUCGCCUGUGAAUGUCCGUGAAAUAAAUGUCCAUUAAAUGCC